UUUCCAACAUCAAGAAUUCAAUCUCUCUAUAUUUGUUGAAAAGCUUUCCAUAAUAUCCAAAACCAUGGCUUUCAUCAGUUCAAAACUUAUCAUUCUUUUCAUUUGGGCAUGCAUCUCAACUCUAUGCUCUGCCAAUAAUGGAGGUUGGUUUUGGGGACGACCAAAUUGCACUGUGUCUUCCAUACCUUGUCAUAAGCCAUCUCUGCCACCACCAUUACGGCGGCUACCACCAUCACGAUACCCACGAACUCCGCCAUCACGACGGUUUCCACCCCCACCAUCACGACGUCUUCGAACUCCACCAUCACAACGAUGUCCCCUGUUGCCACCACCACCACCACCACCACGACAUCCUCGAACACCACCACCAUCACGACGUCCUCGAACACCACCACCACCACCACCAAUGCUAUCAUCGCCUCCACCACCAUCACCGAUAGUGUCACCACCGCCACCACAACGACGACCUCGACCACGACCACGUCCACCACCAUUCCAACCAAUACCACCAUCACCGCCGUCAUUGCCAUCACCAUCACCGCCAUCUCCAUCACCAUCAUUACCACCCUCACCACAACCAACCCCACAAAGUCCAAGAAAGAUCAUAGUGGGCGGUUCUAAUCAAUGGCAGCUUGGCUUCGACUACACUGAUUGGGCACUCAAAAAUGGUCCCUUUUAUGUCAAUGAUAUCCUUGUGUUCAAAUAUGAUCCUCCAAACAGGUCAACUCCACCUCAUAAUGUUUAUCUGCUACCAAACAUGAGAAGCCUUGCCAAUUGUGAUUUUGGAAAGGCCAAAGUGUUGGCAAAUAUAACGCAGGGAAGUGGAGAUGGGUUUGAGUUUGUGCUUAAAGACCAAAAUCCUUACUAUUUUGCUUGUGGAGAAGGCAAUGGCUUCCAUUGCAAACUUGGAUCCAUGAAGUUCACCCUCACACCAAUACUCAAGGCUUGAUUGUUUUACGAGUUUUCUCAAUAAAAUAAUACUUAACUAGGUUGGCAUCUUAACAUAUAUCUAUAUAUCUAUUUUUGUGCAUUUUAUUCUAAUCAUGCGUGUCAAAAAUAUAUUUUAAAAUAUAUUUUGAGUGAAAGUGUAAAAUUAGUUUGUCAUUUGACAAAACUAUGAUUGAACAAUUGAGUGAGAUGCCUAAAGAUAAACAGAAUUUAAAAUAUAAAUCUUAAAUAUUUUUCUUCUUUAAACAUAUUAUCUUCUCAAAUCUCGUGACCUUAUAACCUAUAUGUAGUUCAAAGUAUUAAAUAAGAUAUACCAACAGGAGACAAUGAUGACCCAUAA